AUGGACGCUGCCACGCCGCCGCCUUUUGUGGUGUACGAAGAGGCCUCGGGAACCGUGGUUUCUGUCUCGACGCACGAGAACUGUCCCGAGUAUGGACGGUAUGCCGCCCAGCGCCAUGGGCCGUUUACGGGGGGCCGGUAUGAUCUGCCGUAUCAGAGACCGGCGGACGCGUGCAGGAAGGUGGUGAUUCCUGAGGUCGAGGCGGUGAUUGUCGAGAUGAACAAGACCAUCAAGGAUCCGGAUCUAUUCAGGCUGUUUGAGAACUGUUUUCCGAACACGCUGGAUACGUCUGUCACCUGGACGGGAGUCUCGAACACAAAUGUGAACGAAGAGUUGACCUUCAUCACGACGGGCGAUAUUCACGCCAUGUGGCUUCGGGACUCGGCCAACCAGCUCCAAAGCUACGUGAGCCUGCUCAAACCACCCCAGCCGCCACAACACUCCUCCAAAGAUACCACCACCACCACCAACAACAGGCCGUCCUCCUCUUCCUCUUCCUCCUCAAGGCUCGCCUCCCUCUUCCGCGGCGCCAUCAACCUCCAGGCCCGCUACAUCCUCGCCUCGCCCCACUGCAACGCCUUUCAACCGCCCGCUGAGGCCGGGAUGGCCCCUGGUAAUGACGGCAACAAGCAUGACCUCGUGUGGCCGCCGUACAGGCACGAUGUGGUCUUUGAGUGCAAAUACGAGCUGGACAGCCUGGCUGCGUUCCUGCAGCUGAGCUGGGACUACUUCAGCCGGACCAAAGACACGCGGUUCUUUGGUGGAGCGGAUGGAUGGAUGGAUGCCGUGAUUACGAUUCUGGACACGGUCGAGGAGAUGCGCAUGCCGACGUACAGCCAGGACGGAAAGGUGCCGGACAGCCCGUACCGUUUCGAGAGGACCUCUUCGGUACCGACUGAGACAUUGGCCAACCGUGGGAACGGGAGCCCUGUCAAGGGCGGGACGGGUCUGAUCCGGAGCGGGUUCAGGCCUAGCGAUGAUGCCACCACGUAUCAGUUCUUGAUCCCGGCCAACAUGAUGCUCGUCAAGUAUCUCGAGCAGUGUGCAGAGAUCAUGGCCAAGGUUGAGAAAGAGGAGGAUCGCCUGGCUACUAGGAUGCGUCGUAUUGCAAAAGAAAUCCGAAAAGGGAUUGAGAAGCACGGCAAGAUUGUCCAUCCGGAUUUUGGCGAGAUCCUCGCUUAUGAGGUUGAUGGUUUUGCAUCGAGCAGCGUUAUGGACGACGCCAACCUCCCAUCUCUUCUCUCUUCCCCCUUGACAGGUUACAUCACCCGCACCGACCCAAUCUACCGCGCCACCCGCAAGUUCAUCCUCUCCAACGCCAACCCUUACUAUGACCACGGCCCUGUCAUCAACGGCACAGGCGGCCCACACAUCGGGCCCGGCAUGGUAUGGCCCAUGUCCCUGGUCGUCGGCAUCAUGACGACCGAUGACGACGAGGAAAUCAAGGAUAUGCUGUCCCAGAUCCUGUCCUCCACCGCCGGGCUGGGUCUGAUCCACGAGAGCGUCAACGUGCACAACCAAGGGAUGUGGACGCGGAGCUGGUUCUCGUGGGCGAACGGGCUCUUUGGCCAGAUGAUUCUUGACCUGAAGGAGAGGAAGCCACACAUCCUUAAGACCAGUUUUCAGGGCGACAAGUCGAAAUGA